AUGGACGGGCCUCCGUCCCCAACCGUGGCCUCGGCUGCGAUUGUUUCUCCCUCGUCACCAUCUCACGCUGCCCAGCUGGCUUCCAACCUCCGGCUACUGUUUCUGUUUCUAUCGAAAAUCCCCCUUUUAACCCAAGUUGCCAUUUUACAUGUUCUUCAGCUCUCGGAGCCAUCAAAAUACAUCGACUUGAGAUCUAAUUUGGUGGUAUCCCUGAUACGUUCAAUAUUGACACCAGCCAACCCACGGCCAAUAUCCUCUGUCCAGAAGUUUACCACGCGCGACACUGCGAUUAAGGGGAAGAUAUGGAUUAGCUUAUAUGUCACUCCUCCUCCGCCCGAGACCGACAUUAGAGACGCACUGAUGAAAGUCGUGGAGAGCAUGAGAGACCCAAGCGCGAAAGAGGGCAUCACCAGGAUUCCUCCCUUCGCCCACGUAGAGGCGGAAUGGACAGGAUAUAGAGCAGCAGCGUCGAAAAGAGAGUCUCUGCCUAACAUCUCGGAAGCGGCCAAGUAUAAUGAAAUGGUGAAAGAAUGCCAAGAGCCCACAACAGUGCUCUACUUGCACGGCGGCGCGUACUACCUGUGCGAUCCUGCCACGCACCGCCGUCCAGUAAGAAAGCUGGCCCAGUUGACCAAGGGAAGAUGCUACUCGGUGCGAUAUCGACUGGCGCCACAGAAUCCAUUUCCAACUGCGCUGUUGGAUGCUCUUGUUUCCUAUUUCACGCUGCUUUAUCCGCCUCCGGAUGCCUUUCAUGAGGCUGUGAAACCAGAGCACAUUGUUUUUGCGGGAGACAGCGCCGGUGGAAAUCUCUGUCUUGCGCUACUGCAAUUGCUUCUCCAGCUGCGCCGUACCAACUCCCGAAUCGAAUGGUAUGGCGAGCAACGCGCAGUCCCUCUGCCAGCGGGCGUUGCCUGUGUCUCCCCCUGGCUUGAUAUCACGCAUAGUACACCUCCAUGGCACGGCGAAGAUCCUCAUCCCUUUGACUAUCUGCCCAAGCCACGACCCGAAGCUAUGGCCAAGAUACCUCCUUGUUCGAUAUGGCCGGCAAGUCCUCCGCGGAAACGCUUCUAUGUGGAUGACGAUCUUGCUACGCACCCACUGGUAACACUCCUCAUGAAUCGCACAUGGGAAGGGUCGCCGCCCGUAUGGAUGUGCACGGGCUGGGAGCUGCUCGCCUACGAAGACAAGGCCUUGGCAAUGCAACUCGCUGCGGAUGGCGUCCCCUUGGUCUUUGAAGAAUACGAAGCCAUGUCGCACUGCUUCGCACUAUUCUUGGAGCGCCUGCCUGCUUCUCAGCGUUGCCUCGAGAGCUGGGCCAGCUUCAUCCGCAGCGCAGUCGAAGAUCCGACAUCAAUUGAAGCGCGCGCGACUACCAUCAAAGCUCGGACGCUUGAAGAAGUUCCUCUGCGAGUUGAGGAGCUUUUGGAAGAAUCCCUCGAAGAAAUACAAGCCGCUAUUUAUACGCCUUGA